CUGUUUCCAUAUGCCGAGCUCACUUCUUGUCGAAAUGGACCGCUCCACAAAUGGGCAAUUAGAGGCAGAUCAGAGAGCUCUGCAAAUCGCCCUCGAGCUCUCCAUGCUCGGUCUAACGAAUGACGACGAUCAAACUUCGAACGCGUUUGACGAUAUUCGUAAUAAGAAAAGUAUGAACAUGACGGAGUGUGUUCCUGUACCAAGUUCCGAGCAUGUAGCCGAGAUAGUUGGAAGACAAGGUACGUUUUGGAGUCGCUAGCUAGUAUGUAAUCAAAUUAGCUGAGUGACUUGCGGAAACCGCGUGUAUUUGACGUGUUUUUGUGCUUGGCUGUAUUUCAGGUUGCAAAAUCAAGGCUUUGCGAGCGAAGACGAACACUUACAUCAAAACACCUGUACGUGGUGAAGAUCCCGUCUUCGUAGUAACGGGGAGGAAAGAGGAUGUAGCUCUGGCCAAACGCGAAAUUAUUUCAGCUGCAGAGCACUUUUCGCAAAUUCGAGCUCAACGAAAGAACAACAGCCUGAAUUCACUUGCUCCUGGGCCACCGAGCCCCACCACUCCGGGACAAACUACAAUCCACGUUCGAGUACCGUAUAGAGUUGUUGGUCUCGUUGUGGGUCCAAAAGGAGCCACGAUCAAACGAAUUCAGCAGCAAACGAACACAUACAUCGUAACUCCAUCAAGAGACAAGGAGCCUGUGUUUGAAGUCACUGGAAUGCCUGACAACGUCGAAAGUGCGCGAAAAGAAAUCGACAACCACAUUACUACGCGUACCGGCGGUAGAAUGGAUACAACAGACGAUGUUUUCAUCAGUGAUGGACUACAAGGCUCCUUCAACGAUUUCACUCCCAGCUCGAUAUAUUCCAGCGUGUCGUCAAGCUUCUCUGCGUUUAGUGAGAGGAGCAGUUCGCUGGUUUUGCCUCAGCGUACAAGCUCGGAUUCAUUCUACGGCUACCCCAGCAGCAAGAGUUCUAGCAUCAACGAUGGCGGAUUUAAUCCGAUCACCAGCCCAUUUUCCGCGAAUAGUUUCUUCUUCAAUGAACUGCCCUCGCCGGACCGCGAUGUUGGAUCAGAAGGGAGUUCGUCUGGUUCAGGAUUUGAUCCUGCACCCGCUCCACCGUCGCCGUCCAUCUGGGGAAACGUGCAAUCUACUCGCUCCAUCAACGAGCCGGCAGCAUUUACACGUAGCUCCAGUUUAAAUAGCCAAGCUAUGAACUCGGCAAUCGGUCGGCCUGCAAGUCCACAUACCACCGCAAGACGCAUGAAGAGCGAUCCUCUAAAUGGGAACUUUUCGCCACUGUCAGCAUUUACUCCAUUUACCACCCAGGUUACCACAUCAAAUGUUUCAUCCAUUCCAGCUACAAGUUCCAAUGGAACUGUCAACACAAGCGAAACAAACGGGGUGAGUACCAUUGGUUUUAAUUCUGCAGAGGAAGCGAAUAAUAACAACACCACAUUAAGCCCGCUCGGUAAAGAUCUCAAAAAGAAGGAUUGCGUCAUUUGUUGUGAAAGCGAAGUUGUGGCAGCUCUCGUCCCGUGCGGCCACAACUUGUUUUGUAUGGAGUGUGCCAACCGCAUCAAAGAUGAGAAUAAUUCUUGCCCAGUUUGCCAGAAAAAUAUAGAUCAAGUUCUCCGUAUAUUUUCUUAAGAUCUAAGCACGAGUGUGAGCGAUAUAACGAUACUACAUUUCGACGAAGUUCAGUGAAUUUGAAAUCUAUGAAUUGAAAUGUCAUGUAAUGCUAUAAACAUUUUGAAGUAAUCUAUGGAGUGUAUUUGAAUUAAUUCAGAGAGAAUUUUUCUCUAUGUAUAUUUAGUUGAAAUUUUCAAGGAUGCUUUUAAUCUAUACUUUUGUUAGUGAUAACGUUAUGUAAAGCUAGAUUUUUUGCUAAUUUAAGAUUAGUACAAAUGAGAAAGACUUAAGUUAUGUAAAGAAACCACGUUGCUGGGUUAAAUUAUCUAGAGAAAUAAAAACACGCUUGGCCGUGUUUGGAGCCAACUUACCCAAAUCUUAUAUUCAAAAAUUAGUUUCUAAGUUUAUAAACCGUCAUAGCAAAAUUAUCUGGAAUCAGUAAAUGAAAGUACAUGCUAUAUAUGAAACAUAACCGGGUUAGAUUCCUCUACCCAGCACAACGCAUAGGUAUAUUUAUGUGGACUAUUUUAUGUCAUAUUCGAUAACUUUUUUGAUACAGUCUUCUAAGGAAUUCUAUGGCCUUAAAAUAUAUGAUAUUUGUAUAAAUAGUCAUAAUUUCUAUAUAAUAUUGUGUUGCACCAUAGUUCUAUUUACUAUUUUAAUAUUGCUGAGAGAACUCGGCCAAGACUAUAGUUCUUCUGUAUAUUUAGUAGCAGCAAAUGCUCGCAGAUUUUUCUUGGUCGAGAAUUGAGAGUUUAAAGUAUUUUUAUUUUAUGGCACACUGAUAAUACUAUAUGAAUUAUACAGAGAAUAAAGUGUAAAUUUUAUUUUUUGCUAUUAAAAUUGAGUCUAUAAUGUGUAUUCUUGGAUCAAAUUUAGCUCUAAAAUUUAGAUGUUACAGUAGUGUGAUUAAGAAGCUUUGCGUGCAGUGUUUUAGAUAUCAGUAUCGUUGGCUGCCGGAAGGCUUCUGAAAAUUUUUUUUGCAUGGUCACGUAGUUGUAUUAGAUUUGUUUAAAUAAAAUGGACUGAG